AUGGCCGUAAACCCCGAAGGCCCCGGGCCUGGUGAGCAGGUGGACAGAGAGGCAGCAGAAUCAGUGGCGACAAGACUCGGGCAGCUGAGCAGCCUCCAGCCCAAGCGAGUUCCCAGCAACACUGUGCUGGUAUGCUGCGUGUGUUGGUCCUGUCGUGGUGCCAAGUGGAGGAGUGGAGAGCGUUUGGUGUGGUCUGUAGGUUGA